AUGGAGAAGGAAGAUGAUGAUACCGACGAGACCGCAGGAAAGACCCGCUUUCCCGUCCUCCCCUCCCUUAUAUCCCUCCAGCAGAUGAGGAAUCGGCUGGCCACCGCCCAGAGUGGCCGAAGACUGAUGCAGUGGAGCGCCAUGGCCACCGGCGCUGAGCUGAGAAGAAUUGCUAAAGAGUUGGGCUUAGUGUACGUGGCGUUCACCGACGAGGUCCGAAACGCGUUCAUAGUACUCGCCAGGUGUCGCUACUUCUACCCGAACGUCAACAAGAUGGUGCUCGAGAAUCCUCCGAAAGCAGCUUGCGUGACGGUCGGCAGAAGCACGAAGAGCAUAGCCGGCUGCAGGAUAGCUCUGUACGGGAUCGAAGAUAACUGCCCCGACUCGUACCCCUUCCUCGGCAUCGACAAGGGCGGCGAGGUAAUCGCCGAGGCCAAGAGGACCUGGCACGAACUCCUGCGCAAGAUGAUAUUCAUCGAGCAGCUGCGGUCCAACUUUAUGAGCCUGGAUCGCUCCCAUGAUCAGACUAACAAGAAAGCAAAAGUUUUGGGUAAAAUUAUCAUACCCAGGACCCAGGUUACAAUACGUUACAUUCUGUCGGAAUUGGAAGAGUUGGAGAGAGAAGAAUUCUUCAGACUUAAAAAAGUGCUGGAAGUGAAAUACAGACAUAAAAAGAAAAAUAAACCUGGAGACGAGGAAGCUGUACAAGUGUCGCAGGUAGCGGAAGUCCCGGAAGUAAGGAAGGAAGUAAUAAGGAAGGAAGUAAUAAUGAAGGAAGUAUGUGUGGUAUGUGGAGGCCCCCACCAUCCAAGUCAACCACUGACUGACCAAGCAUCUAUAGAGAUUAAAAGAAAUAUUGAAAAAUUACUGUCUGCUACGGAAAAUUAUGAAAAGACAGCUAAAGCAGAAAAUUUAAAGGACUUCAAACGAACCGCAGUUGAAUUGAAAAAUAUAUUGCGCACACCACCGUCGCGUAUACCUGACGAUAUAUAUAUUGAUCAAUUAUGUGAUUUGUGUAGGCAAAUGUAUUACAACCAACUGCCGACAUGCGUAGUUUGCGGUGAACCAAUAAUUCCAACUACAGCUUUAAUGAAAGUCAAACAAAGGGCAGCAAUAUUGAAAAACAAAUCGCGCAAACAGCCUACAAGUAUACCUGACAAUGUAACAGUCGAACAAUUAUGCGAUUUGUGUAAAGAUGUGUAUCAUGAACAACAUAAAUGCAUACAAUGCGGUAAACCUUUAGAUAUGACGGAUGCCUCUCUAAAAGUCGCAGCUAAAGAGAGCAGAAAACUGUUAAUAGGGCAACUUGAAACGUUACUUGGUACUAUAAAGAAAUAUGAGAGCGAAGGCCGACAAGGUAAUGAAGUAGAAGUAUUUAAAGAGAACGCCGCUGAAUUAAAGAAAAAACUCGAAGGGCGACCAAUUGAUAUGGACAAACUAUGCUCAUAUUGCAUAGAACAAAUGACCAAACCCGUGCCUAUACCUGUCAUUAAGGUGCCUAGUACCUGCGCAGUUUGUCAUGGACCUAUAGCUGGAAUGGAUGAAAAUCUAAGGAUCGCCGCUAAAGACAGUAGGAAACAGUUACUGAAUCAACUAGAGGCAUUACUUCUUGUUACAAAAAAAUACGAGAGCGAAGGUCGGGAACCUAAUGAAAUCAAAGAAUUUAAACAAACCGCUGAUGCAUUAAAGAAAAAACUUCAAGGACCACCUAUACCUAAAGACGUGAAUAUAGACACAUUGUGCCCAGAUUGUAAAGAUCGGAUGCGUGAACUCGAUAUUCCAAUGCCUAAGUCACUGACCAAACCCGUGCCUAUACCUGUCAUUAAGGUGCCUAGUAUCUGCGCAGUUUGCCAUGGACCUAUAGCUGGAAUGGAUGAAAAUCAAAGGAUCGCCGCUAAAGAAAGUAGGAAACAGUUACUGAAUCAACUAGAGGCUUUACUUAUUCUUACAAAACAAUACGAGAGCGAAGGUCGGGAACCUAAUGAAAUCAAAGAAUUUAAACAAACCGCUGAUGCAUUAAAGAAAAAACUUCAAGGACCACCUAUACCUAAAGACGUGAAUAUAGACACAUUGUGCCCAGAUUGUAAAGAUCGGAUGCGUGAACCCGGUAUUCCAAUGCCUAAGUCACCUACACCUAAAGCUUCUAAAGUUUCAAUUAAAACACCACCCACAGCCAGCAAGGCAAGUAGUGAAGUGUCUUCAGAUUUACAAUUAGGCGUAUUUGAAACUGAGGAAAUAACCGAAGUUAUACAAGUCAAAAACCCAGAUGGCACUGUCUCUGAGAAACGUAGGGUUAUUACAAUAAAGAGGAAGCCUAAAGAAGAUGAUAAAGAUACUGGUUCUGGAACUUCCAGUUUCAAAGACAGACAAGUAGGUCAUGUAUCUGUAAUUCAUGAUAGGAAAGGGCUGAUGAGAAGAUUGCCAGGUGACGCACAGUCAGAGUAUACACUUAAGCCCUUACCUAUGGUGGAUGGCAAAGUAAGAGUCAGUCGAUCAUCAAGUUUCUGUAGAUAUGAUGAUAUUUUGCAAGGCUUCACCGAGCUCGCUCCAAGAGAGAAUUCAGAUGGUACUGGCUCGAACGAUUCCUCUAUUACACAUUCUAGAAAAGAAGAUAAGACAGAUGAAAAAGACAAUGAUAGUUCUUUAGAUUAUGAAAUGUCAGAGAAUUAG